UUAAUUAAUUUAAUAGUAGAAGCUUGGACCUUCUACAGUGGCAAUGCGAAGGAUUACGUGUCUUAUAUGAGAAUUCCUGUACAUCAAUGUGUUGGAAUGCGAUAAAGAUGAGCCGCUUACGAAUAUUCUGGCCUUCAGUAAAUAAUAUGAAGGUUAAUAUGUCAACUAACUCACUUUCUAAAAACCAUUAUGAAACCCUUGAACUGAAGCAAUCUGCUACACAUAAUGAAAUUAAGUCUGCAUAUUACAAAUUAACUAUGCAAUAUCAUCCUGACAAGAACAAGAGUGAUUUUGCCAAGGAGAAAUUCAGAAACGUUGCAGAAGCUUACGAGGUUCUUGGUAACCAGCAUUCACGUAAGGCCUACGACCGCAAAAUUACAGUCAGGAAAACAGGGUUGUCACCACAAAGGGGUCCUGUCAUCAUUAAACCCCCAACAAUGAAUAUCUAUAAAACCAGGAUGGCCACAAACACUGAUGCCUCUAAUAUGUUUGAUACAGGCUAUAACUACGAAGAGUGGAUACGUGCUCGUUAUACAGCAAAUUUCAGACGCCGUCAACAAGCAACUGGAAGAUUAGGAAACAUGAUACAUGAAGAAGAUAAAAAGUCACCAUCAAUGUUAAUCGGUUGUACAAUAUUUGGUAUAAUGUUCGUAAUAUUAUUAUGUCUUCAAACAACCAGUAACUAUGAUGUCCCUGCUCACUCAUCUAAAACUAAGUCAUCACUUAAAAAUACAGAAAAUGGAUCUAUUGGGAAAGAUUAGGUGACUUUUGAAUAGUGUGUGUAUCUCACAAACAUAGUGAUAUUAUGUACCUCAUAGAUAUUUAUUGAAAAUGUAGCCUGUACAUAGUUGAGUGACAGAAUUUUAGUAAUAGGAAAAAUAAAAAUAUUUUAUUUUACCACA